UUCAACACAGCGAUCGGACUUGACUGGUGCUCUCAGAUCAGUACUUAGCUGCGGUGAAAUUGCGUGCCACAAUGCUAAGGAUGCUAAACAGCAGAACUGCGUCUCUCACCAUUUCACUUUUUAUCUUCCUCACCAUUGGAGACCAGCGAGUGCAGGCUGGGAACUGCUGGCUCCAGCAAGCCAAGAACGGCAAAUGCCAGGUUCUUUACAUGACCGGGGUCAGCCGCGAAGAGUGCUGCAAAAGUGGAAGGUUGGGCACAGCAUGGACCGAAGAUGAUGUGCCAUCCAGUACCCUUUUCCGAUGGAUUAUCUUUAACGGUGGAGCUCCGGGUUGUACGCCUUGUAAAGAAACCUGUGAUAACGUCGAUUGUGGUCCAGGUAAAAAGUGCAAAAUGAACAAAAAGAAUAAACCUCGAUGUGUCUGUGCACCCGACUGCUCUAACGUCACUUGGAAGGGCUCCGUUUGUGGUACUGACGGGAAAACCUACAAAGAUGAAUGUGUCCUGCUGAAGGCGAGGUGCAAAGGGCAUCCCGAGCUCGAGGUCCAAUAUCAAGGCAAAUGUAAAAAAUCGUGCAGAGAUGUCUUGUGUCCAGGCAGCUCUGUGUGUGUGGUAGAUCAGACAAACAGCGCCUACUGUGUGAUGUGUAACCCGAGGAUCUGCCCUGAACCUUCGAGCCCCGAGCAAUAUCUGUGCGGCAAUGAUGGGAUCACGUACGCCAGCGCCUGCCACAUCAGACGCGCCACCUGCUUGAUGGGCAGAACCAUUGGAGUGGCGUACGAAGGGAAAUGUAUAAAAGCCAAAUCCUGUGAUGACAUACAGUGUAGCCCUGGAAAGAAGUGUCUCUGGGAUAGCCGGCUUGGCAGGGGUCGGUGCGCUGUUUGUAAUGUAUGUCAGGGUGGACGCUCAGAUGAGCCAGUCUGUGCCACUGAUAACACCACGUACCCCAAUGAGUGUGCAAUGAAAAGUACAGCCUGUUCCUCUGGCACCCUCCUGGAGAUCAAACAUACAGGAUCGUGCAAUUCUACCAUAUAUUCCCCCAUAGCCAUAACUGAAGAAGAUGAAGAUGAAGAAGAUGAGCAAGAAAAUAACACCUUUCCUAAAUCUCCAUUUCUGAUUUGGUAAUUUCCUUCACCUUUGGAAGAGAAAGGAGUCGCUGUACUUAUUUGUAAAUAAGUGUACGCUUAUUUAUUUUGAAGAAGUAUACAUAGUUAAGUUUAGUAGAUUUUUAUUUAUACUGUCAUGUUUUAUAAUUUAUGCAUAAAAUUGGUUAACUAUACCUGUUUUGGAAAUAUAUUCGUCAAGAGAGCAGUGUUAUCAUUAAUUUAUUGUGACGUAUGAUGCUUGUAAAGUACACUCCUUCAUGCAACCUGUAAAUUGCAUUAUGGUAGCUGUAAAUGUGGCUGGUCAUUUUCCUUUUGUACUAUGAAUUUUUAGUUACGUUACCUGCAUGUUAUACCUGGUAUAUUUAUUUAUUGGAAUAUGUUACACAUUAAUGUAAAUAAAGCUCCAGAUACUGUUUACAGCGUGCCAUAUAAGUGACCAAAUGUGCUGCGUUUGGAACUUGUCAACUUGAAAUGUUCUGCAGCUGUGUGGCUGUCAGAUCACUUUCUGGCCGCAUGUAAUCUGAUUGACUUUAGUGGUUUGUUUCUCUAAAUGUUUUAACAUAAUGCAAAUAUUUCAGGGUUUUCGUUUUGCUUAAAGUAUUAUGUUGCAGAUGCAAUUUUAUAUUUUCGAACAUGACAGAUUUAAAUGCAUCUAAAUAUAUAGUUUUGUACUUUUUCUAUCAUGUAAAUGUGCAAUGUAUAUAAAAAGUAAU